AAUCCUCAGGUAAAUAAGUCACAUAUGAUUUAUUAUUUCCGCCUGACGACUGAGAUGUUUAGGAGCCCACUUUAUUUGAAUAAACCUUUAUUGUCCCGCAGAACCCAGACCUGCCGAUCGAGAACACGACGGACUGUCUGAGCACGAUGGCCAGUGUGUGUAAAGUGAUGCUGGAAACACCGGAGUACCGCACUCGGUUUGCCAGUGAAGAGACGGUGCUGUUCUGCCUCCGUGUGAUGGUGGGCGUCAUCAUCCUGUACGACCACGUCCACCCAGCUGGAGCCUUCAUUAAGACCUCCAAUAUUGACAUGAAAGGCUGCAUCAGGGUGCUGAAGGAUCAGCCGCCCAGCAGUGUGGAGGGGUUACUCAACGCUCUCAGGUAUACGACCAAACACCUGAACGACGAGGCGACCCCCAAGCAGAUCAAAACCAUGUUGCAGCCGAAUUAACAGGAACUGGAACGAUAAAAAGUGUUGUGGUCCAAAUUUCAAGAAAACUACUGAACAAACCUGGAGCUCAUAUUUCUGUUUACCCUCAAAUGUUGUUUUGUUUACUCUCGAUUGACAAUCAAGCUGUUUUUUGUUGUCAUGAUGCAAGAAAAAUAGGUAAAAAUGUGCUUUUUUGGUAAAAACUAAAUAAAUAUGGAGACCGGGUACGGGGGUUAUAUUUGUAAAAAGAAAAACAAGUCGUACAUUUACAAAGAAAACAGGACAUUUUAAACAGAGAAUGAGGUCAUUUGCGUCUUUAAAGUUGUCAUUUGAUGAAGAUAAAGUCUCACAUUUACAAAACGAAAACUUAAAGAUUAUUAUUAUUUAGUGAAAUGAAAUAAAUGUUCAAUUUCCAACAAAAAGUCACAAAAAUAAGAAAAACUUGAUCUGUUCCCCGACAUUAUCACAUGUUUGAGACAAAAAGUUAAAAUAUCAUACACACACACACACACACAGACACAGACACACACACACACACACACACACACACACACACACACACACA